AUGUUAAAAAUUAAUGGGGAGCUGAGUCAUGAUGAUCCCGGUACUGAACCAGAUGAAGAGUCUGGUGCUGAAUCAGAUGAGGAUCCUGGUGCUGAAUCAGGUGCUGAUCCUGAUGCUGAUCCUGAUGGUGAGCCUGGUACUAAAUCAGAUGCUGAUCCUGAUGAUGAGCCUGAUGCUGAUCCUGAUGAUGAGCCUGGUAAUAAAUCAGAUGCUGAUCCUGAUGGUGAGCCUGGUACUAAAUCAGAUGCUGAUCCUGAUGCUGAAUCGGCUGAUGAUCCUGGUGCUGAGUUAGAUGCUGAUCCUGGUGCAGAAUCGGAUGAGGAGCCUGGUGCUGAGUCAGAUAAUCAUUUGACCAUCAUUAUUUGUGUAAGAACUCUAAUCAAGAAAGCAUACAAACAGGAUAAGUACGUAAAUGUUCACGAAGAUGCACCUACCAAUUUGAAAACAAUCCAGUAA